AGUGACUAAGCCGGGGAUUCCGGCCACUCUUAUUAUGCAAAUUGCUGUAAAUGGAAGCACUUGCCUCAAUAGGCAGGUUCUGAGAAGAAGAAGUUGUAAAAGGGAAACACAAGUGCAUCGAUCAGCGCUUCAGGCGCAUCAGUGGCAAAGACAUCAACAUAAUCACCGCUCGGUAAGCAACUCAGGUCUUUGGCUCUGGCUCAAGUCACCAGGUGCAAUUGUUCUUCAUGACGUACAGACCGGUACGUCGCUUGCAUCUUUCAAGCAAUCUAGCUCUGCGCCGCACUGCACAAUAAAGCAAAGAUUUUGAUGUCUAUGAGUUCCAAAGGGACCAACUCACUUUCA